GAUACUUGACUCAAAAUUAUCGAUUACUCGGUAUCGAACGAAAAGUAUCGAGUAUGCACUUGUAUUUACUCGUAUCGUUUCAUCCCUAAAUGCACCUCUGUUGAAAUUUUAUUGAAAAUUCAUAUUCUCAGCAUAAUCAUUUGCAGAAAUGGAUAUUUGUGGAAAUGUUUUGGUGUCAAAAGAUGUGCUUAAAUUUGCAUUAAAGUGUUUAUAUUGUGAAACAAAUAUUGAAGAAUGGGAGGCGUUCGUUAGUCAUAUUCAAAGUUUGCACUACACGGGUUAUGAGGAACCAUGCAUUGAUAUAAUAGAACAAGCAGAUUGCAAAGAAAACAUCGCUUUCGAAUGGGUAAAAGAAGAAGCUGUGACACCCACUGCAUGCGAACAAUCUGAAUCAAAUGAAAAUGGUUUAAAAAUGGAAAUAGAUUCCGAUGAGGAAUGCCUGCAAACGGAGCCGAUAAUAGACAUACAAGACCAAGAUCCAGUUUCGGAUAAUGAAAAAUUAUCAGAUUAUAAUGAAAACUUGGAUAGCUCUGAUGAUGAUUCUUCAGAUGACUACAUUGCAAAAAAUAAAAAGCCACCUAAAAAGUUCAAACCAUCUUUUUAUAGGAAAAACAAAAAUACAUCGGUAUUAAUUGAACUCUUUGAGAAGGCCCCAUGUUUAUGGGAUCCCAAUAACGCUGACUAUAACAACAGCACCGCAGGCUCCAACAGUAGGAGGGAAAUAAUAAAAGAGAUGAACAAAACAUGCCAAAUAACAUUAACCAAUAAAACACUUUGGGCAAGUCUUCGUGAGUUAUAUUCUUUAUACAAGUUAACGCAUAAGAAAUCGGAAACAGCAUCAACAAAACUGUCCACAGUGGUGCUGGACUAUUUGGAGAAGUGUUCAUUUCUUUCUGCAGCAAAGGAUGACUUUUUAGACAUUUUUGAGGAUACUCCUAACACAACCACGAAUUUGAGCUUUGCAACUAUGAACACGGCAACUAUAGCGUUUAUCGACACAUAUGCCCGUUUUCCCGGAAUUUAUGAUACUAAGCAUAUAGACUUCGGAUAUGUGCUUUUACGUAAACAGAGGUACAAAGAAAUGGCAGAUAUUCUCAGAGUCGAAUACAACGUCGAGUUUACUGACGAAGAAAUAUACAAAGGUAUAGAUUACUUGCGUCACUGGUAUUUUAAGCUGAAAAGUCGUUUUGGAAAAAAUUUGAAACCAACAGAUUUGUCAAGCGCAGCACAGUUUUAUAUUGACAAGUUAAGUUUCCUUCCAGAUAGAUCGCGCAAACAGAAAAUUAAAUGUUCAGAAUGCGAUAAGCGUUUCCAAACUAACACUUUGAAGCAAGUACACCUCUUCAAAGAACACAAUAUCGGUGACUUACCCUAUAAGUGCAAAGAUUGCACUAAAACCUUUAGUUCAAAUACAGCCUUGAGGGGUCAUGAACGACGUAAUCAUAUGGAGAAAGUUCAUAAAUGUGAGUUUUGUGAACGAAAAUUCGCCGUAAUAGGAGAUUUAAAGCAUCACACGCAAAUGCAUACGGGACACAAGCCCUUCGUAUGUGAAUUAUGUGGAAAAGCCUUUCGCACACGCACAAAGCUCGGAUUUCAUAAUAAUGCUAUACAUACAAAGUUAAGAGCAUUUAAGUGCACUAUGUGUCCUAAAGAUUUCUUGAAAAGUCGAGAUCUAAAAGAUCACAUAAAAGCUCAUUUAAACAUUCGCGAUAAGAUUUGCGAGACAUGUGGCAAGGGAUUUACAAACUCGCAUGCCCUGCUCCGGCAUAAACAAUUACAUGCUGAAGUUAAAAAGUUUGGCUGUAAGUUCUGUGAAAAAAGAUUCUAUCAAUUUGUGGGCCUUAACUCUCAUAUGAAGCACAAGCAUGGUGUGUUUCCGCAGAAGAAACUUGAGAAAAAACCUCAAAACACGAAAGCGACUAAACAAGUUGCAAAAAACAUGGAAACCACAGAGUCGGUUGGAAGUAUUGAAGAAAAAACGGACACUACAUUAGCGGCUACAAGUAAUGAAUGAAGUGUAUUUAUCUAGAUUUUAAAUUUUACUAGUAUUAAAUCAUUGUCUUAGUUAUAAUUGCUUCAAUAUUAAAGGUUUUCUAUGUAUUAA